AUGGCGAACGACGGCACCAACGGCAAUACUCAAAUCGACAAUGUCAGCCAGACAGUAAAAGCUCUGAGAGAUACUCUGACCUCAGAAACUACCCCGCUGGCCCGCCGCUUCCGCGCCCUCUUCUCACUCAAACAUCUAGCAUGUCUGCAGCCUCCAACCGACGACACCAUCCCAGCUAUAGAGGCUAUUGCGGCAGCCUUUCCCUCGCCGUCUGCGUUAUUAAAGCAUGAGCUAGCUUACUGCCUUGGUCAGACUAAAAAUCCACAUGCGAUACCCUCUCUGCGUCAUGUACUAGAGGAUAAAGAUGAAGAUAGCAUGUGUAGGCACGAGGCAGCGGAGGCUAUAGGGGCGUUGGCAGACACAUCAAGUCUGGACUUGUUACGGAAACUAAGGGAUGAUCCAAGUGAGCCAGAAGUCGUUCGAGAAACUUGUGAGAUCGCGGUGGACAGAAUUCUUUGGGAAACAUCCGAACAACGACAGACGGAAAAGGUUAAGAAGAGUGAUUUCACAUCCAUCGACCCUGCUCCUCCAACAGCCCUCACCACCGAGGAACAUUCAAUCCCAGAGCUUAAGAAGACUCUUCUCGAUACAAGUAUUCCUCUCUUCCAACGAUAUCGCGCAAUGUUUGCAUUACGUGACCUCUCCUCCCCGCCAGACCGGCCAACAGCUCGCGAAGCAGUUGAAGCGUUGGCAGAGGGGCUCAAGGAUAAAUCAGCGUUGUUCAGACAUGAAAUUGCGUUUGUUUUCGGACAGCUCUCUCAUCCCGCUAGCAUUCCUAGCUUGGUAGAAGCCCUCAGCAACAAGGAAGAGGCUAGUAUGGUCCGUCACGAAGCCGCAGAAGCUCUCGGAAGCCUCGGUGACGAGGAAGGUGUGGAGGAGGUGUUGAGGAAGUUCCUUGAUGAUCCUGAAGUUGUCGUUAAGGACAGCGUUGUAGUGGCCCUCGAUAUGGCGGAAUAUGAGAAAAACGGCGAACUCGAGUAUAGCUUGAUUCCAGAGCCGGUGGCUGCCAGUUAA